GGAGGGAUCUGAGGGGAGCUGGGAGGACUCCUAAUGUCCAACCUAAUCCUCCUCUGGCAUCUUCCUGCCCUCAGGUCCGGAGGGAAGAGGUCAACACCUGCUUCUCCUCCCUUGUGAGGAAGCUGUAGACUGCAAUGAGUGUGACUUCAGCCACUCUUCAUACAGCUUCCUCUCUAGACCCUCCCCCAGCUUUGUGGCCUUCUCUGGACAUUCUCCAGUAGCUUUAGAUCCACAGGAAAGAGGGGAUAGAACCCCUAAAGAAAAGGACUUGGGGUGCUGGUAAUGAGAAUCCCAACAUGAGCUGGCAAUGGCACUCACAGCCCAGAAAGCCAACCAUGUCCUUGGCUGCCUCCAAAGCCAUGGGAGCAGCAGGCAAGGGAGGGGAUUCUGCCCCUCUGCUCUGCUCUGGUGAGACUCCACCUGGAGUCCUGCGUCCAGUUCUGGAGUCCUCAGCACAGGAAGGACAUGGAGCUGUUGGAGCGAGUCCAGAGGAGGCCACGGAGAUGAUCCGAGGGCUGGAGCACCUCCUCCAAGGGAAGGAGAAGGAAAUGAGGCAACAUGUCUGAGGGCAGCAAGGGGAGUUUGCUGGCCUUUGGCCAGGUGGUAAUUGGCCCUCCGGGCUCCGGGAAGACAACCUACUGCCAUGGCAUGCAGGAAUUCAUGAGCAGGAUCGGGCGCAAGGUGUCGGUGGUGAACCUGGACCCUGCUAACGAGGUGAUGCCCUACCAGUGCGCCGUGGACAUCGCCGAGCUCAUCACCCUGCCUGACGUGAUGGAGAACCUGAAGCUGGGGCCCAACGGGGGGUUGAUCUACUGCAUGGAAUACCUGGAGGCCAACUUCGAUUGGCUACAGGAGAAGCUGGCGGCGUGCAGGGGUCACUACUGCUUGUUUGACUGCCCGGGGCAGGUAGAGCUCUACACCCACCAUGACGCCCUGAAGAAUGUCUUCGCACAGUUGGCCAAGUGGAAUUUCAGGCUGGCUGCGGUGCAUCUGGUGGAUUCUCACUAUUGCACGGACCCUGGCAAGUUCAUCUCUGUUCUCUGCACCUCACUUGCGACCAUGCUGCACGUGGAACUGCCCCAUGUCAACGUCCUCUCCAAGAUGGACCUUAUUGAGCAGUACGGCAAGCUGGCUUUCAACCUGGAUUAUUACACAGAGGUCCUGGACCUCUCCUACUUGGUUGACCAUUUAGCUUCCGACCCCUUCUUCAGAAAUUACCGCCGCCUCAACGAGAAGUUGGUGGAGGUGAUCGAGGAUUACAGCCUGGUGUCCUUCAUUCCUCUCAAUGUCCAGGAUAAGGAGAGCAUGCGGCAGGUGAUGCAGGCAGUAGACAAAGCCAACGGCUAUUCCUUUGGAGACCAAGAACACAGGAGCCUGGAAGCUCUGAUGUCAGCAGCAGUGGGAGCCGAUUUCCACUUUGCUUCCACGCUUGCAGUGCAGGAGAAGUAUGUUGAAUCUCAGGACAAAGCUGUGGAAGAAGAAGUGAUGGAUCUGUAACACACCCACUCUUCUGCAGCUGCUCUCCUGGUUGACACCUUUUCCUACCAGUAGCUUAAAAGAUCUCCUCGUUGUGUGACUCGGAGCGAGUGAAAGCCUUUCCAGGCAGAAGUCUGACUGCUGGACUCCCUCUCUGUGAGAGUUUGGUCUCUUGUGCUUCAGCUCUGCUGCACAGUCUUUGCAGAAAGGCUGAGUGCGAGGCAAGCUGGCUCUUUCCUUAGGAACAAGGGAGGUUUAGCCAGGUGGAGGCAUGCUUGGCAAGAGAAGGGAAGCGAGAUGAAAGAGACCGACCUUUGCCAAGUCUCCUUCCCAUCAUGAUCAAGAGAGACACAGAGAGAUAAAUCCGUUUGACCUGUCUCUUCUGCAGUGAGAGUUGAAACUAAAGCUCUUGGUGUACGGCAUAGGAGGAGCAGGCAGGGGCCUCGUGCUCGGAAGAGAAUCCAGGCUGAGGAGCCUCCGAGCUGUCUCAAGGAGGACAGAAAGAUGGUUGUUAUUUUUAAAUAAUGAUGGACUCUUUCUUAAUAAAACAACUCCUUCGUCUUGCUUUCAUCUUGUGAGUUUGCUGAACCUGAAUAAAUAAAACCCAAGAGUGCUACAAAGCCCGAGGCUAAAAAGCUGCUGAUGGGAACGUCACAGCAGCCACUGCCUUGUGUGGCUUGCAGAAAGGCUCAGCGUUUGCACUGUCGCGUUCCUCUGUGAUCUACCUGAGAGCAGACAAAGCGUUUGCUGCAGGGAGCGAGGAAGAGCGACUGUGAGACGUGAAAGCAGGUCACUCCUCGUGUGCUCAUCCAGGGCCUGAGCGGCUGGAGCACAGGCAGCGCUGACAGUCGCGCCCAAACUGCAAGCUCAGCUUCUGGAGGCUUUCGAUGAAGAAAGACCCUGUGUGACUCAGCGUGAGACUGGAACACAUUGUCAUGUGCAUGCAGGGCCUUUCUCAGCAACUGGCUUGUCUGCCUUCAACCACUUUCCUUUUUCUGGGCUCGCUUUCUCCAGCGCCUUCUCCAGAUCCCACGUUCUGGAGCUGCCCUCUCGCUGGCCCCAGGGUGAUGGCAGUGGCUCUCAGCCUCACGUGCCUCCCACUUUGCAUCUGUGCUGCUGGCAGCGGCUCGAGUCCAUCAGUGCAGUGAAUUGGGGAGGUCAGGGCGAUGGAAAGCAAGGUGUUUGCACUCCCAGAGCCUCCCGGCAGCUCCCGCAGCCGCACGUAGGAUGGGAGCUGCGGAGACUCCCAGCUCGGUGUGCAGACUCAGCAUCGUGGCUUGCCCAAGACCUUGCGUAAAAUACGACAGCUCUUUCUCACGGGGCGGCUUGGCCCUCAGCAGGGCGAUCGCAGACCAUGAACUCGGUGAAUCUGAAUGUGAGCAGGAUCUUCCUUAGCAGGGACUUUAAAUUUGUGGCCAGGAUUUGGAGACAAUGAGGAGCUCAGGGAGAGAAGGAGGUUGCAGAUGCACGCACACACUUGUGCUUUAACCAGAUCAGUUCGCAAUGAAAGACUACACUGAUUUAAAAUACAAGUCAAAUCCCUGUCUGCUGUCAGUGCCCGAGCUCUUUUCCUAAGAUCCCAGGAACUUCCCUGGGUAUUUCUCACUGCAUUUCGGUGCUGUCUGGGGCUGAAGGUCUGAAGCCAAUCUAACCACAACUGAGCUGAAACUCCAUCCUCAGCACGAGGAGGACAUUGAGCUGUUGGAGUGGCUCCAGAGGAGGCCACGAAGAUGAUCUGAGGGCUGGAGCACCACCUGUAUGAGGACGGGCUGAGAGAGUUGGGGUUGUUCAACCUGGAGAAGAGAAGGCUCCAAGGAGACCUUAGAACAUCUUACAGGGCUGAAAGGGGCUCCAGGAAAGCUGAGGAGGGACUUCUUGCAAAGGCAUGGAGUGAUAAGAGAAGGGGGAAUGGUUUUAAAUAGGAAAGG